AUGGCUGAAACAUGGGCUAAUGGAUCUAGGUUGGAAGCUCCUGCAAAUGAGCUCACCACCAAUGAACAAGGAGCUGCAGCUGCGUCUGAUCUAGAUUACAUACCUGAGAGUGAGGAGGCACCCCCCACCGAUGAUUCACAGCUUCAUGAUGCUGCAGAAAUGCUGUUAAAAAUUACUGACGGACCCCCCAUGCAUCAUUCUUCUUCACAGCAUCCCCAGAGUGACGAGGCACCCCCCAUGGAUGAGACAGUCCCGGAUGAUGCUGCAGAUACAAUUACAAUUACACGGACUAUAUUGGAGGUCCCAAGGAGGCCCCGGGGACGGCCUCCUGGCUCAAAAAAUAAACCCAAGCGCCCUCCUGAGAAUUCACUGCGGUCGCUCGUCUUGGAGGUCGCCGGGGGCUGCGAUGUGGCCCAAAGCAUUGCCAACUUUGCUCGUAGGAGACAGAUCUGGGUGUGGGUUCUGAGCGGCAACGGAAUUGUGACCAAUGUGACACUCCGGGAGCCAACAAACCCUAGAGCGGGCGUUACUGUUAAUGGAAUGUAUCAGAUUCAGUAUUUGUCGGGAAUGUUUUCGCCGGGCGCUUCUUCCUCUGGCUGUGGGCUCACCGUACUCUUGGUCGGUAUGCAAGGGCAGGUUGUAGGAGGUAGCGUCAUCGGGCCUCUUAUUGCAGCCGGACCUGUUAUUAUCAAUGCGGCUUUCUUUAUCGACGCUCCGCAGCAGACAACAUGA